UACACGUUCAGACCUGUGAGUUUUGUCGGUGGUCAGUUUCUUGAUGCAUGUGUUUUUUUCUUUCAAAAACUUGAAAACAGCGAGACUUUUCGGUUUUGUGGAGGGGAAGACGACAUCGCAGAGACGUGCGUAAAAGAGUGAACGGUGAUUAUGGGUUACUUUUCAGCAAGUUUGCCUUCACUACCAGUCGUCACCAUGUUCGUUUUGGCGACAGUUGUAAUCGUAAACACAUCAAUAACGGAUGCGCGUUGCGCCAACAUCAAAUGUGUAGACGUCAAUUCAGCCACUUGCAGGUUUUGUAAUAGAAGAGGUGGUAAAAGAUCAGAAAACUUUGGAUGGAGUGAAGAUAACAACUUGCAAGAUGAAACCGAUGACAGAGAGAUGAUCAGUUCUGAUUGUUUUCUUGAUUCCGUUGUAUCCAGUUUGCCGCCAAAUCUUCAAGUGCAAGUGUAUGAGAUUAUCGAGAAACUUCAUGUUUCGACCCGAUAGAUGACGCCAGGAUACCGAUUGUAUUUAUCCAUUCACGGGUCGGAAUUCUAACGGACACGAUGUUCAACUGAUGACGGAUUUAUAACUGUUUGCAAAACUAUCACUAAAUUGUCAUUGAUAUAGAAAACAGCGAUGUGUAGGCCUAUACAUAACAAAAACUCUAUUUAUUGUAUUGUCUAGGCCCUAUCUGCAAAUGUGAGUGUAGGUAUAUGACUCUUCACUCCAAGGUUUCUAUGCUCUAAGGCAACAAAUAAAUAGCAUAAACAAUCAAGCGCAAUCCAUAUUAUUUUUAGAAAAAUUUAAAAGCCAUGCCUGUCAUUCUGUCUUGGUAAUUGCUUACCUCAAGUAUUCGCCAAUAGAUAGGGAUUACAUUUAGGGUAGGGGGUACAUCUUUGGUUUUACUGAAAAAAUUAAAGGUCAUAAAAGCAUGUGAAGAAAUUGAGAGCUGUUGAUAUUAUACAAAACAAUUUCAAACGCAUCACAAAACCAUGUGAAGGAGUAUUAGAAAAGAGGUAAUUUAUCACCAACAAAUCUGAACAAGAGACAAACUUAUGCAUUUAGCCUUUCUCAGAAAUUCUAUACGCUGGAUACACCGAGCAAGGGUAUACUUAUAGUCUAUCCUUCAUAGACUUCAAGAUUUCAAGUUUUUAAUUGCCCAUGCUGAUCCUUUUUUGAACCCCCCCCCCCCACCCCCGUUUAUAUCAAACUUACUAUUGAGGGAUGCGGAGCAGCAUACUAUCAAAUAAAGAUGUUGUUUAAAAACGUUUCUUGUUUUUCUUCAAUCUGUUCAUUUAGGCCUUCACUUGAUUUUGUAUUGAAUGAUUUUAAAUCACUGUUUAUGUGUUUAAUGCCAAGGACUGUAAACUGAAUUGAUUAAUAUUCAGUUCAUUCAGUUCCAAUAUAGGCCUACUUUGGCUUCUGUGUAGCAACAAAGAAAACGCACAAAUAAAAUAAUGUCACGGUCUUCUUACAAAAGACGUGAAUCAAUUAAUUUCUUUAAAACGGGAAACUAUGUCAGAAUAAAAAUAAUAUAGAGCAAAGGUAGAAACGGUGC